AUGUCUGAUCAUCUCCGUGAAGAAUUGCAGCAAAAAAACGAAGCAACACUGAGUUCCGUAAAUGGUAAUAAUAGUUUCAACGCUAACGAUUCAUCUAUAAUGAAGAUAUUGUGUUCUCACUUCUUGUUUACUAUAGCUAAAGAUUUUAAUUUACCCGAAGAGCUUCAUGUUUAUCAUUCACUGUACCCACUUGAUUUGCGACAAGGCAAAUCGACUGCUGUUCAAAUUCCAGGAGUUGUUGCUAAUAUCCCAGAGACUGUUCUAUGGAGUUACAUUGUUCAAUUAGCGUCUGCGAUUAAAACUAUACAUGCAUCAGAUCUAGCAGCAAGAAUGAUUGAGCCAACGAAAAUUUUACUUACUGGCAAAAAUCGGUGA